AGAACGAAGACGAAGCGGCUAUUCGAAGUUCCUCACGUGGCUUUCACUGGGUUACAUCGACGUGUUCCGUCGAGAUGGAGUCUUGGAGGGCAGCGGCCUUUUUGCUGUGGAUCGUCGCCAGGAUCGCCCGGUGUCAGAAGAACACUGGCAUCUACAACCGCAUCCUGCUGAACGACUAUUGCGGCAACGCGCGGGAGGCCAAGAAGGAGCUUCGCAGUUCGGCCGCUUCCCUUUCGUCUGCCAUCGUGACGGCCGUUCAGCGGCGCCGCCGGAGUCCCGGCAGCGAGCUGUGCGAGUACGAGGUGCAGACCACGGGCGGCACGGGACUCAUCGUGGCCAUCAGCGAGCUGAACUUGCGCAUGGGCACGCUGAACACGUCCUGCAUCGACUACAUAUGCAUCAAGACCAAAUACACCUUGUCCGGAGAGAACGACGUGUUCUGCGGGAAAGUGACCAGCGACCUUAACAAGCACUGGACCACUUCUUACUCCAUAGACAUAGAGUUCUUCUCGAAGACGCCCAUAUCGUACUUCGUCAAGGGCGAUAUUGUCAAGAUCAUCGUCACGAGCUUCACAGAAGCUAGCGACGGAGGCUGCGGUCCUGGGGAGUUCCGGUGCGCGAGCAGCCGCUGCAUCUUCGGCGGCUAUCGCUGCGACGACAUCAACAACUGCGGGGACGGCAGCGACGAGGCGCUCUUCGGCGAUUCCAUGUGCCUGAUGCCGAAAAGCUCCCUCAUCCUGAUCACCCUCGGAGUGGCGAACCUUGUCAUCACCUGGUUCUCCGUUUUUUAUUGCUGCGUCCGCAACGCUCUCACAAAGAAAAAGGUGCUCCAAGAAGAUCGCUGGGGCAUGGCGACACCUCCUCUGCUGACGGCGAUAGCCAGAGAAGGAAGUCAACAGGACGGCUCAGGCGGUGCCUUCAGUUCGCCAGAUAACGAAAUGACCACCGGGCCACUCCAGGUGGAACUCACGAGGGGACAAGAUGCGGUGGCUGCCCUGGCGGCCGACGCCCAGGAAGAUACCACGUUGUCUCCCGAAUAGGCGAAACACAAGGAACGUGUGGAAGAAACAACGCAUACUCAUUGCUGGACAGUAGUCCGGUAGAUCGAUGGUUCUAUUCCACGAUAUAUUAUACCGGCUUCUAACUAAUCAUGUUGGUCGGAAUACUUGACGACUGCUCGUGUAAUGCCAAGAGGUUAUGUAAUCUCUCGGUGUGUAACGCAGUCUUUAGGAAAAAAUGUUUCAAGCUAAGCAAUUUCCCUAGUGACCAGAUUCUUUUCGUCUUAUAUAUCUUGAAACGUAGAUAUUUUAGUUAAGAUUUUUAGGAGGAAAAGGUUUUGGAGCUUGCAUUUAUUUUCAGUGAAUAUAUCUGCGAAAAAUUAGAAAGUGAAGAAGUCUUUUUUCUAAUGUUUUUUUUUUAAGUUAGCAAUGAAAUAUAUUUUUUUAUUUAGAAAAUGCAGGUUUCAUUCAUCAAAGUUUAUCUUCGAACUAAUAAAAAAAAUAUACCGA